AUGUGGAUUCUACCUUUGGUCGGCUACCUUGGCUCCAUCGUGGGCUUCUGCUUUCUGACCCUCGCCAUCGCUUCCGGUCUGUAUUACUUAUCGGAGCUUGUCGAGGAGCAUACCGUUUUUGCGAAGCGCCUUCUUACAAAGUUGAUUUACUCGGUUAUUGUUUUGCAGCUCUUGCUAUGCAUCGUCGACCGAUUUCCUUUCAAGUUGACCCUCAUGGGAGUUGUCUCCCAUGUCGUCUACCUCGGCAACAUGCGCCGAUUCCCUUUCGUUAGGCUGACUGACCCUCUGUUCCUGGCCUCUUGUGUUCUGGUCCUCGUCAACCACUACAUUUGGUUCCGCCACUUCUCUGCCGCGCAGCAAAGAUCGUACUCGAACAUGCACUCUUACUACGAUCAACCCGACGUCCCGAGCUUCACCGAGAUCGCCUCAUACUUUGGGCUCUGCGUUUGGCUCAUUCCCUUUGCUCUCUUCGUGAGCUUGUCCGCUAGCGACAACGUCCUGCCUACGAUGGGAAGCGAAGACCCCUUGCGGGACUCCUCUGGCAAGAGCAAGCGCCAAGGUUUCGUCAAGUCUAUCGUAGAUACAGUUCUUGGUGCGCUCGCGGAAGUCUUCAGAACAGUCGGAUGGGAGCGGAUCUACGGUAACUACGGUAUUAUCAACCCUGAAAAGGAGCGAGAGAAUAGAUACCUGGGAAUUUUCUCCAGCCAAAAGGCUCCCCUUGGCGUUGUGCUGCUUGUGCGGCUCUUUUGCACUAAAGGUCCGUCGAGUGAUUUUCCCCCCGCUCAAUCUCUCAUUGCAAUUCACACAACACAUAUCAUCUCAGUCGCAGCCAAGACGAACAAGCACCCAAGUCUUGCUCUCACAGCCGCCAAGAUGUCUUCCAACCAAGCUCAUUCCCCCUCUCAAUACACCGCCAUUCCCCGGCCCAGGCAAGCACAAUUCUCAAACGUCUUCACCUACAAUCAACCCAAUGAAUCCGACAGUCUCAACACCUGGCUGACUGCUCCUGCUUCAGCGGCGCCGUUCCACAACAUUGCCGCCUACCGAUUGUCGGCCUCGGCUUCCGCCGGCGGGGCGAACAUGCGGGGCCCCGCACCCGCUCCGAGUAGCAACGGCGCGACGUGGGGUAGCGGGCACGGCCGUCAGAACUGA